UAAUGAACGCGAAGAAAAUGCCCAACGUAAAAUUCAAAAUCGUGAUGCUCGAGAAUGGGACAAGGAAAAAGAAGAAACUGGUUGGAACUCUCCACGACAACAAAGAAAAAGCUCGGAAGUUCGUUAUUCUCCUAACAAUCCUUACGUAAAGAAUGGUCCUGAUGGUGGAAAUGAUAAUGACUAUGGAAAUCAUGGUAGAAGAGAUUCUCGUGGCAAUAACGAUUAUGGUGGUUAUAAUUCUCGUAAUAACGAGUCCGGUGGUUUCGGUUCAAGAAAUUAUCGUGGUGAUCGUGAUCGUGAUCGUGGUGAUAAUGAGUAUCGUCGUUCUGGUCCAAGAAAUUCUCGGGAAAAUAAUGAUUACAGAAAUUCUCGGGAAAAUAAUGAUUACGCUCCCAGAAAUUCCGACUACGGUGGUUCAAGAGGUUAUCGUGGCGGUUUUGGUGACCGUGGAAGAGGACGUGGCGGGAAUGUACGCAGACCUACAAGACGGUAUAGUGAUCAACAUCGUUCCAAUAAAUCUGCUGAAGAAGGUGGCUUCGGUAGUGGUAAUAGUUGGGCUGAACAACAAGAACAGGAAGAAAUGUCGGGUAAAACUAACCUCCCUUGGGAAUCUGACGCAAACGCCGAAGAUGCUGGCUGGGGUAAUUCUAAUGGAACGACAACUAACAAUGAUGACGGAUGGGGUGAAAGGGGUAACUCGAAUGAACACAGUG